GAUACCAGCCAACCUCACCAGGCCUUCCGCGACUCUUUACGGGGCCAGCGAGUCACUAUUCCCAGCUUGCAUGAAUUGUUCCCAGAGUGGAUGCCGCGGUUUCAUCCUGACUGGCAGAAGGCCCGGGACGAAGUCCUAAACCCAUGGCUGGAACGCUGGGUUGAAGAACCAUACACCUGCGCCAAACUCCAGGCCGCAAACUUCACUAUAUUCGCCGCGAUUGUUUGUGCCGAUGCGUCAUUUGACAAGUUGUGUACUGUGGCUAAGUACUUUGCUUGGUACUUUGUGUGGGACGAUCCAUAUCAACAAAAGAGUAAAGAGUACUUCGAAUACACCCUCUUACGAAGGGGGAGCCGGCCCGACCUGUCAAGUUUCACGAAGGGGCAGCAGAUGGCCCUACUAUGCUGGGACGAAGUAGGCGAGCAUAUCCGCAGAUUUCUCUGCUCCAACAAUUGCCAGACUCUAGCUGAAGUGAGGACGUUCGCAUGCCUAGAGGUUCGAGAAAUCCUUCUAGAGACCAUGUUGCCAUUCGUCGAAAGUGUCGACACAGUUGACUCGAUCUAUCUCCACGACAAUGUUCCCACAGUGGCAGAAUACUGGCAGCGUCGGGAUCUCACAGCUGCUGUCUAUCCGGUGAUAGCUACCCUCUUCUUUAUCCAUGAUGCCAGCACUCCGGUGACAAGCCUGAAGAAUCCUCGUCUGGCAGACCUAUGGAAGCAUACCUCUUAUAUUGUUCAUAUCACCAACGACAUGCUCUCCAUGCCGAAAGAGGCUAAAGAUAAUCAAAUCGAAGGACUGGUACCGGUCCUGAUGAUGAAUUACGGAAUAGAUUGUAGCACGGCCAUGCAAUGGAGCUUUCGUCUUGUACAGGAAAUAGUUAAGGCUAUUCGAGAUAUCGAGCGUUAUCUACUGGAAGAUACGGAAAAGGGCGAAGUGAACGCGCUUCUGAAGAAGGUCUUUAUUAGCGGUUGCAAGGAUGUUGCUAUGGGGUUAAUCCAUUGGAGG